AUGAUGGAUGAGGCGUGCGGCGACGAAAUUCCCCAUGAUGUAUACCCCUUACAUUCCUUGGACGACAGCAAGGUCAAUCAUUGUUUCGUCAAUUGGAUGAUGCGGUUUAAUGAUGUUCUCGAUGCUGAAAAAUUGAAUGAGGCUUUGUCGACGCUGCUUCGGAGGGGCGACUGGAAGAAACUAGGUGGGCGUUUACGAUUCAAGGAUAAUGGGAAACUGGAGAUUCAUGUCCCGAGAUCUGAAGGACUGGAACACAAAACAGUCUUCUUCACGCAUAAUUCCCACGAUAUCAGGUUGGAAGAUCACCCGAUCGGCAGGCAAUUCCCCAAAGAGACCGAAGGUCCCUCUGUACAGAAAAUCACCACAGACACACGACCAUUCAUUGCUCGGCCAAAUUUCCCAACAUUCGACAAUAUGAUACGUCAAAAUGAGCCUAUUAUGUCGCUACAUGUGACGAACUUCGCAGACGCGACAACAGUUGCGCUUACAUGGCCCCACCUUCUGAUGGACGCAAUGGGUGGACAUGCCUUGCUGGCUGGAUGGUCUUCAGUAUUGGCUGGUCGCGAGAACGAAGUUCCUGACGUUCUUGGAGCGCGAGAAGAUAUUUGUCGACACCCGAUGAUCACCGGCGCAGACGACUCCCUGGAAGAGUUGAAGGUGGAAGGAAAGCGUCUACAGGGCUCAAGCCUCAUGAUAUUCAUGCUUCGGUUCGUGUGGGAUAAAUUAUGGAAUUCGAAUCGAGAACGACGCGUCAUAUUCUUGCCAAAAGAUGCCUUCUCCAGAUUGAAGGAGCAGGCCUAUAGGGAGGUCGCCGAGAUGACCUUUGACCAGGAAAAACCCCCAUUUGUUAGCGAUAGCGACGUACUCACAGCUUGGGUGGCGAAAGCAUUCACGGCAUCCGAACCUAACAAUCGACCGGUGACUAUUUUAAAUUUGAUGAAUGCCCGAUAUCGAAUUCCUCUCCUUGCCCAACCAACUGGCGUCUUCAUUCAGAAUAUGGUCUUGGGCACAUACACAUUUUUAUCUGGGAAAGCAGGCUCCGAAACUGUCGGCUCCAUUGCCCUGCAGCAUCGACAACAUCUCACUGAACAAGCAACAGAGAAUCAAGGGUUGAGUCUACUCCGUGAGAUAUUCCACGAAAAAGAUGCGGGGAGGGAGCCAAAACUCCUAUUUGGAGAAUCAAAUAUGGUCCCGAUCAUUUUCAACAACCUGCUCAAGGCAAAAUUAAUGAAAGUUGUCGACUUUUCGCCAGCCGUCGUAAGAAGAGGCGAUGUUAGCGAGAAACGGCCAAACCCUCCAGGAACGAUGGUCAACUACUACAAUGAGGCGAUCGGGCCGGGGUAUGUUGGUUUCAAUAUCUUCAAUAUGCUUGGUCAGGAUUUUGCUGGGAAUUAUUGGCUUAUGGGGACUUUGCUGCCGAGGGCCUGGGUACAAAUAGAGGAUGCUCUAGGGAACAUUUGA